AGCGGCUCUCUCGCCGUGCUACAGAUAACCAUCACCCCUUCGUUCUCCAAACCCUCGAUGGCGUAAGUUAGCAAGUCCACUACAAAAGUACCCUCCAUUUUCCAAAUCCUUUUCUCCACAAAACGAAAAAUUCCUCCCCGUAUCCCCAAACCCUAGAAAAUGUCAGGCGGCUUCUUCCGGGGCACGUCGGCCGAUCAAGACACCCGAUUCUCGAACAAGCAGGCAAAGCUGUUGAAAUCGCAGAAAUUCGCGCCGGAGCUCGAUCAACUGGUGGACAUGGCCAAGAUCAAGAUGGACGUAAUCAAGCCGUGGAUCGCGAACCGAGCCACAGAAUUGCUCGGCUUUGAGGAUGAAGUACUUAUCAAUUUCAUCUACGGUCUUCUUGACGGAAAGGUUGUGGAUGGGAAACAGAUUCAGAUCCAGCUUACAGGAUUCAUGGAAAAGAAUACUGGAAAAUUCAUGAAAGAGCUUUGGAGUCUUCUACUCAGUGCACAGAAGAAUGUAAGUGGCGUCCCUCAGCAGUUCUUGGACGCCAAAGAAGAGGAAACAAGAAAGAAGAAGGCGGAGGCAGAUCGAAUUACUCAUGAGAUUCAGAAAAAGAAAGAGAAAGAAGGAAGAGAACUUGAAUUAGAAAAGCAGAAGAAGAUGGACGGCGAGGGAGAUGUAUCAAGGGCUAUGGAUGCUGCUUCUGAUGCAAUUGGGAGACAUUCUGUUCCUCGGGCUUCAAGUUUUGGCCUUGAAGAGGAGAGAGAGGUGGAUGGGAGGCAUGGUUCGAGAGGAAGGAGCAGGCAUUCUAAAUCUCCACCCAUCGUCCGCCAUUCCCCUUCACCUCGUCGAAGCACGCCUUCAGCAGCGAGGUCAAGCAGCAAGUCAUUUUCGAGGUCCAGGAGCUACUCAGAGGAACGACAGAAAUCAAGGAGCGUAUCUGUAUCCCCUCAACCACGACGGCGUUCUAUUUCUCCUGAGCGACGGUUCCGUUCUCCACGCAGGCGUUCCCUCUCUCCUCGUCGCAAGCAUUCACCAUGGAAUCCCAGGUCUCCUCCAAGACGGAGAUCUCCUCAUUCAAGGCGAAGAUCGACAUCACGCUCACGUCGCAGAUCUCCAUCUCCCAUCCAUCGUCGAUCUCCACCUCCCAUGCGACGGAGAUCCCCGUCACCUUUGCGCCGUAGAUCUCCUUCACCUGUACGGCGGAGGUCCCCAAUUACUGUCCGUAGGAGAUCACCACCUCCUCCUCGGCGCAGGUCCCCUUCUCCACGAUGGAGGUCUCCAUCUCCGCGGCGGCGUCGGUCUCCAUCUCCUUUGAGGAGGAGAUCACCUCUGUUAAGAUCUCCAAGACACCGGAGGAGGUCACCAGUGCGGUCACCUCGAAGGCGUGUUGUUGAUUCUCAGAUAUCUCCUGGGGAACGGAACAGGAGCCGUAGUCCAUACACAAGCCACAGUCCACAUCGAAGUCGUAGGAGCUUGAGUAGGGAACGAGAUAGCCGUGCUAAUGGUGUGGAAUCCAAAAGAAACAUAGACGAUUAUGCCUCUCAAAGGGCACCUGGAAAGAGGUCUCCUGUUCGUCAUACUCUUGAGAAAGAGGUGGAGCGCCAUGGUUCAGGACGCAAGGGGACAGACUCUAUUUCACGCCAACCACCAAUUUCUCUGAGGUCUCCACAGCGUGAUCCCAAGGAUCGGAAUGAUGCACGUCAUAAAAUGCCAGCUUUGUCACCACCACCAGAAAACUCUCCAAGUCAGUCGGGAUCUCCACCACGCAGGCGGAGAACAAGUCCCAUUGAAGAUAGGAUGCCUAGUCCUGCGAGUCCUGCAAGGCGAACAAGAGAACGGGCAACUCGUCAUGACAGUCCAGAAAGAAGUAUAGAUGGAGAAGAAAUCAGUCAUGGCAGGGAAGAUGCGGGCAAGAAAGCUGAUUCUCUUCGAAAAAGAAUUAGACAUUCACCCACUGUUGGGAGUAGGAAAAAGCCUACUUCGAAGGGCUCAGAGGAUUCUCCUGACAAAUUUGUUGUUAGUGGAUCUUCUGAAGCUCGAGGUCGCAUGGAUUACACAGAAUUGCAAAAGAAAGAGCUUGCACAAAGGAGUGACAAAGCUUCUAUGAAGACAGAUCGAACAUCACACAUAUCAGAAGAAAUAGAGUAUGGUCCUGGGAGGCUAGAUAACUUUCCACAAGAUCAUGGCCGUGACAAACAAUCAUCUGCUAAGCAACUUGUUCGAGAUUCGUUUUCCCCAGAUGAAAGAUUAAGUAAUCAGCAGGUCCUCUCAAGAAAACCAAACUCAAGAGAAGAUUACAGGGGUAAGGAGAAAAAGCAUCCAUUUUCAAGCGAUGAUGAAUACAGUGACCUUGAUCGUAAAACGGAAGCUUUAUCAAAAUCCACAAAAAAGGCAGGUCGAAAUGAUCGAAUGGGUGCUGCUGAUUCGGAUUCUGAGAAAAAGGAAAGUUACAGAAAAGACAUGGAAAGGAGAAAGUUUAAGAGGUCGGAUAGCCGGGAAAGGGCUUUGGACAAUGAAGCUGCAUAUGACUCUCAGCUAGAUGAGAGGAAAGAGGCGAAGAGAAGAAGGAAGGAGGAUAAGAAAUUACGGAAAGAGGAGAGACGCCGAAAGCGUGAAGAGCGGCACCGUAGGAGGGAAGAGCGGCGUGCUGAGAAACUGAAAGCGAAGUCCAUUGAUACUGUAACCCCACCUUCAGAUUUUGAAAAUAAUCAGAAUGAUGCUGGUGAUUCAGAUGGCGAUGUUGCUGAGAAGAAGGAUUUAAAUGCAAGUGACUCUGAAGAAAUGGAGUCUGAGCAGAAGAAGCUUGAGAUCGAGCUGCGAAAGAAGGCUCUUGAAUCACUCCGUGCAAAGAAGGCCAUCAGCCAUUGAAUUUAUUCUUACAGCCUGGAAACUUUUUUAGCUGUUUUUAUCCAUUUACUGUAAAAGAGUAUCUCUGUUUCCAACUUUAUAUUGCAGGCUAGUUUUAUGUUCUGAAGAAUGGGACAGUCACCAUUAUGUGAGUGUCUCCCCUAAUAUGUCAUAGCUGUUUGAUGUAGUCUGUGUUUACUUCUGGCAGCUGAAGUGGAUAAUGAGGAUUUCCUGAGCUCUCUUGAUGGAACUUAGUGCAGGUCUUGCUGCUUGAUUUACUGCUUUAUGCUUGAUUGAUAGAUGAGAAUACUGUCAACUAGGUGACAUGGUUGAGCAGGCCCUUUGCAGAACCCUCAUUUUGAACAUCAAAUCAGCUUGACAGUCAUUCCGGGGACUUAGUUUUUAUGUACAUCAAAAGAUGAUAUAAGCUUCGGUCUCAUCCUGUGUUCAUGUUGAUGUCAGCUGGUAAUUCUCUCUGAGAUCAAUACCAUGUAUUUAUAAUGUCUGUUGGAUUAUGUAAAAGUGAACAUUUUCUAUUUUAAUUUCACUAUUUGAAGUAGAUCACAUUUAGCAGUAUCAUCAAUGAGUUAGUUCUGUUAAUGAUGGAAAUAGGCUCUGCUGCACUUUCUGGUCCUGUCUGUAGCAAAAUCUUGAUGGUAGAAGUAAUUAUUUAAUUUCCUAUUCGUUGAAGCCA